AUGAGGCGGCCGCGAUUGCUUCACCUGUCCCUGCGCCUGUUGCUGGCUUUGCCGCUCUGCUUCCCCUCCUCCCAGCCAAGGAAAGGCGGCUGCCCGUCUCCCUGUCGGUGCGAAGAGGACGGCAUUCUGGUACGAGUCGACUGCUCGGAUAGUGGGCUGACGACGAUUCCUGUAAACCUCAGCAGUUUUACCAGCUAUCUAGAUCUCAGCAUGAACAAUAUUACCGAGCUGCCCCAGAGAGGCCUUAGCAAUGUCCAUUUCCUUGAGGAGCUGCGUCUUGCAGGAAAUGACUUGACGAACAUCCCUAUGGGAGCAUUUGAUGGUCUUUACAAUCUUAAAGUCCUCAUGUUGCAGAAUAAUCAGCUAUGGACAGUUCCUGAAGAGGCACUACGGAAUCUGAGGAGUCUUCAGUCACUACGACUGGAUGCGAAUCAUAUCUCCGUUGUGCCACCGAACUGUUUCAACGGGCUGGUUUCACUUAGGCACCUUUGGCUGGAUGACAAUGCUCUGACAGAUAUUCCAGUUAAAGCCCUGAGCACUUUACCUUGCCUACAAGCCAUGACCUUGGCAUUGAACAGAAUUACUCAUAUCCCAGACUAUGCAUUUAGGAACCUUUCCAGUUUGGUAGUUCUGCAUCUCCACAACAAUCAGAUUCACACCCUGGGAAAGAAAUGCUUUGAUGGUCUUCACAGCCUAGAAACAUUAGACCUGAACUAUAACAAUCUGGAUGAAUUUCCUGUUGCCAUGAAGGUUUUGGCCAAUCUCAAAGAAUUAGGAUUCCACAGCAACAACAUUCAGUCAAUCCCUGAACAUGCAUUCUCCAAUAAUCCGUCACUUACAACAAUACACUUCUAUGACAACCCCAUUCAAUUUGUUGGAAGAUCUGCUUUCCAACAUCUACCUGAAUUACACAUACUCUCACUUAAUGGAGCCACAGAAAUAACUGAAUUUCCUGACCUUACUGGGACCAUCAAUUUGGAGAGUCUGACUCUGACAGGAGCACGAAUUAAGUCCAUUCCGAGCACUGCUUGUCAACAGUUACUGAAUCUUCAAGUCUUAGAUCUAUCCUAUAACCGGAUCGAUCAUCUACCAAGUCUCAAUGGCUGUCAAAAGCUUCAGAAACUUGACCUGCAUCACAACAAGCUUAAUGAAAUCCAGCAGGGUACUUUUCGACAACUCACCGCCCUGAGAUCACUUGACCUCAGCUGGAACAAGAUUGCAUUUAUUCACCAAGAAGCAUUUACUUCUUUACCGUCCUUAAUCAAACUUGACCUUACCUUCAACCUUCUGACAUCUCUUCCUCUGUCCGGGCUAAGUGGCUUGACACAUCUGAAACUAACAGGCAAUCAAGCUCUGCUGGACUUGCUGCCCAUAGAGAGCCUCCGUAAUCUAAGGGUACUGGAAAUGCCAUAUGCUUAUCAAUGUUGUGCCUACACACCUUGUGAAAGUUCCUACAAACUUGCAAAUCAACAGGAGCAAGUAGAAAAUAACAGUGAUGAAACUUACAAACGGGACGCUGGAAUGCUAUCUGGUCAAGAUGAUCAGGACAUAGAUGAUGCAUUCAUGGAACUUGAGGAGGUUCCAAAAGUCCAUUCUGUCCAAUGCACUCCAACUCCAGGACCCUUCAAGCCUUGUGAACAUCUUUUUGGCAGCUGGAUGAUACGACUUGGAGUUUGGACCAUUGUUCUACUCUCUCUGGCUGGUAACUGCUUGGUCGCCACAACUGUUUUUGGAUCUCCAGUGUUUAUUUCCCCACCCAAACUUCUAGUAGGGCUCCUGGCAGUGGCAAACUCACUGAUGGGCACCUACAGUGGUAUAUUGGCAAUUGUGGAUCUAUUAACAUUAGGCAAAUUUGCAAAAUAUGGAGCAUGGUGGGAGAAUGGAAUUGGCUGUCAGGUCGCAGGCUUUCUCUCCAUCUUUGCUUCUGAACUGUCCAUUUUCCUGCUGACGGUUGCAACUGUUGAACGCAACCUAUCCACAAAAUGUGACAUAAGCCAAGGGAAAACCCUAGCUAGCAUCAAACUGGCAGCAACAUUCUGUGUGAUUCUGGCUUGCAUUGUAGCAAUGCUUCCACUGUUCCACGUUGGAGAUUACAGGAUCUCGCCACUUUGUUUACCAUUACCCUUUGGGGAGCCUUCCACUUUAGGCUUUCUUGUGGCUUUAGUCUUGCUGAACUCUCUUUGCUUUCUUGUCAUGACAAUAACCUACACAAAGCUGUACUGCGGUUUGGAAAAGGGAGAUGUGCACAGCUUCUGGGACUGUUCAAUGGUAAAACAUAUCGCCUGGCUGCUGUUCACUAACUGCAUCCUGUACUGCCCUGUGGCCUUCCUGUCAUUUUCUUCCUUGCUCAACCUCAUGAUUAUCAGUCCAGACGUAGUGAAGUCAAUACUUCUAGUGAUUCUUCCGUUGCCAGGGUGCCUAAAUCCCUUGCUCUACAUUCUUUUCAACCCACAUUUCAAAGACGAUUUUGGGCUCUUGAGGAAGAAUCAGCGAUUAUGGAAGAAAUCAAAGCAGAGAAGCUUGGCUUCUUUAAGCUCAGAAGAUGCUGAGAAGCAGUCUUGUGAUUCUACUCAAGAACUUGUUAUACGCUCAGGCAGCCAUGCAGCCUCUGGCACGUCCUGCCACUCAGUAAACAACUGUUCAGUGCAGACAACUUACCAGAUGAUGGAGACCUGCCAACACCCAUCAGUAACAUUCACUCACUGCCACUAG